AAAUUUAAACAUAAAUAAUGUCAAAAAAGUUUUCCUUUGUUCUCGGAUGCUCCUUUUUCAUUGGUAUAUACACUUGAAUACAGUAAAGGGACAAAUUUAAAAUCCGCAACCGGAGAAGUUUCUCAGUGAAUCGAAGAAACAGAUGGUUUUGAUCUCUGACGCGACCUGACCUGCAUCAUCAUCUUGCUCCGUCUCUCCUAUGGCUGGGACAUCAUGGUUGGUGGACAAAAGUAGAAUAGCAACCAAAAUAAAGAGUGCUGCUGGGGCAUUUGAUCCUGAGAAGGUUACAUGGAAAAGCAAUCCUACCAGAGCUUGUCCAAAUUGUCAACACGUUAUUGAUAACAGCGAUGUAGCACAAGAAUGGCCUGGAUUGCCAAAGGGUGUGAAAUUUGAUCCAUCGGAUCAAGAUAUAAUAUGCCACUUGCUUGCUAAAGCUGGUGUGGCAAAUUCAAGACCUCAUCCUUUCAUUGAUGAAUUUAUCACUACUCUUGAAGUGGAUGAUGGAAUUUGUUAUACUCAUCCAAAACACUUACCAGGUGUCCAUCAAGAUGGAAGUGCAACCCACUUCUUCCAUAGAGCAAUCAAGGCUUACAAUACUGGCAAUCGUAAGCGUAGAAAAAUACAUGGUCAGGAUUUUGGUGAUGUCCGCUGGCACAAGACUGGAAGAACUAAACCUGUCAUGUUGGACGGGGUUCAGAAGGGCUGUAAAAAGAUUAUGGUUCUUUAUAUGACCAUGGUUAGAGGAGGUAAAGCUGAGAAAACUAAUUGGGUUAUGCAUCAAUAUCACCUAGGGACACAAGAGGAUGAGAGGGAAGGAGAGUAUGUUGUUUCUAAGGUUUUCUACCAGCAGCAGCAGGUCAAAUCAGGGGAUAAGGAUGACCUGGAUAUUCCUGCAAGCACCCUGGAUAUUCCUGGAAGUACUGAAAACAUUGAAGCAACAACUGUGCAAGUUGAUCCAGUCACUCCCAAAUCAGUGACCCCUGAUCCACCUUGUAACAACAAAAGACCACAUUCAAACGUUGAUUUGGGACUAGAAUCGCAUGUCACUCCUCAGCAUCCUUCAAUGGACUGUGAAGAAGAUACGUCUCAAGCAGGUUGUGAAGAGCCAAAAACUGACAUACUCAAGGAAGAAAAUCAAAAUAGCAAUGAAGGAACAGAUAAUAAUGAAGACGUUGAUGUUAUUGAAGAACCUAAAUGGUGGGACAGUGAGUCACAGCAUCUGUUGAAUUCACAACAGCUCGUUGAAGCAUUGUCCUUGUGUGAGGACCUCUUUCACAGCCAAUCUCCCAACAGAGAUGACAAGAGUGAAGAACACAAGGACCGACCCAGUCUUUCUGUCUAUGCUCAGCUAGGACCAGAGCAUCUGAAAAAGGAUCUUGAAGAGUGCCAAAAUCUUGCCAUCGAUCCCGCAAAUAUAGAACUUGAUACGCCUCCUGAGUUUCGACUGAGUCAGCUGGAGUUUGGUUCACAAGAUAGCUACAUUGCCUGGGGUGGCAGCAAGGCAGAGAACUGAUAUCAUUCUUCACACGAGAUAAAAAGAAAAUUAACCUGUCUUGUAACUACUUUUUGAUGCUGGAAGAAGCUUGGGUACGGUUUUUAGGUGUUGAUUAUCACGGCCUUCAAUAGAAUUAUGACAUGUGGAGGAAUCAUUUCUAAGGAGUCGUUGUUAUGAUUUUGAAUCAUUAAAAACAUGUUCACAUGUCAUAAUUUUAUGGGAUAACUUGAUAAUAAACACCUAAGGAACUUUGUCCAGACUUCCCUUUUGUCGAUAAGUUGCCUUAUUUGAUCAGGGAUAUUUUGAAAUAGUACUCCCUGGAUUUACUACCUCGCUGUAAUGGAUGUCACCGAACUUACAGUCAAACAAUGACAUGUGGCUUUUCUGUGUUCUUCACCCUUUAACUUAUCUGAUCUGAGCAUGAGAAUGCUUUUAGAGCA